AUGGUGGAUGGAGCUGAGCUGAGCUACUUCGCCCCCCUCUCUCCUCCUCGCCCAAUACGGAUUUACGCCCAUACAAACGCCCCAUCUCCACGUGGUUUAGCAGGAACUCCUUACGUAGAAGGGGUUUGUGCAUUGGGCGCUGUCCCUGGUCGUAUUGCGUAUUUGGUUGGCGGCCCUCCUCCCCCCUUUAUACCGGGAGGGACCCACCCAGUUGACAAAUACUUGUCAAUGGUGUCGGAAAGCUGGUGUGCCUUGGCUGAAUCGCAGUCGCACUCAAAUUGGGAAAGUGGCGGGUACCCUAAUCCUAACCUGGCCAAGUCGAUCAUCGAUCACCCACUCACCUCCCACACCGAGAUCCUCCGACAUCCAAUCAUGUGGUGGGAAUCGGCUCAAAUCUCAACGUCGAGACUGUGCUGCGCUAACUUAGUUCUGCUGGUGGCCAGUGGUUCCACUCUGUUCCAGGGGGGUGGUGUCGCUGCCUUUAGUCUAGUCGGCGGCGUCGUCGUCGUCGUCAUGACCCUGCCGUACUAUUGGGGUUAA